AUUGGAAACAAAACAAAUUGGCAGGACACAAUGUUUUCUUCCCCAAGGACAGCGAUGGUCAAGGACUAACUGACCAGGAAAUCUACAACGAAGUGGACACGUUCAUGUUUGAAGGGCACGACACGACAGCAUCAGGCCUGUCCUGGUUCCUGUAUGACAUGGCCCAGCUACCAGAAUUCCAGCAGAAGUGCCAAGAGGAAAUUGAUGACCUCCUAGCGCACAGAGAAGAUGACCGACUGAAAUGGGAUGAUCUUGGUAAUGUGCCCUACCUGACCAAGUGUCUGAAGGAGAGCCUGCGUGUACAUUCUCCCGUCCCCAAUAUCAUGCGAACAUUGACCCAACCUUUGACCUUUCCGGAUGGCAGGACGUUGCCAAAAGGAAGCUCAGUAGCUGUCGUAAUUGGUGAGCUUCACAACAACCCACAUGUGUGGGACGACCCCGAGACCUUUGACCCUGAGAGGUUUUCACCAGAGCGGGCCAAGAACAUUCCGCACUUUGCGUAUGUGCCCUUCUCGGCCGGACCAAGGGUUGAAAAUCACCCUUACAUAGAGGGCAUCUAUGACAUCUCCAUCCUGGCUAUGCAACAUAUUCGCUACCUUCCUUUCCACAUUGACACGAUCUUCCAGUGGAGUCCCAGUGGGCGACGCUUCCGCAAAGCUUGUGAUACAGUCCAUAACUACUCGCGGGAUAUCAUCCAGAAGCGAAAGAAUGCACUGAAAGAAGAGGCUGCCAAGGGGCAAACAAGACACAGGAAAUACAUCGACUUCUUGGACAUUCUGCUUUGCGCUAAAGACAGUGAAGGUCAAGGACUAACUGACCAGGAGAUCUAUGACGAAGUGGACACAUUCAUGUUUGAGGGGCACGACACGACAACAUCAGGCCUGUCCUGGUUCCUGUAUGACAUGGCCCGGCUGCCAGAAUUCCAGCAGAAGUGCCAGGAGGAAAUUGAUGACCUCCUAGCUGACAAAGAAGAUGACCGAGUGGAAUGGGAUGAUCUCAGUAAUGUGCCCUACCUGACCAAGUGUCUGAAGGAGACCCUGCGUGUGCAUUCUCCCGUCCCCAAUAUCGUGCGAACAUUGACCCGACCUUUGACCUUUCCCAAUGGCAGGACGUUGCCAAAAGGUGAGUGUGAGCAGUACCCACAGUUUGUCCCAUUCCUGCAGGCUUGCCCAUGUUGUGCAGGUGUGGCGUACAUAGUGUGGACCUCUGUACAAAAGAAGUCCACAUAAUGUAGGGUGCGAUGGCAUAGUGUGUACUUGGAAAUGUCUGUAAUGUUGUCCUUGUCUUGUCAACAAAUUAAACCUACAGAUGCAUCAAAAUGAAGCACUGCAUUUUAACAAAAUAUGUGAAAAUAUUAGUAUUACAUCCAAGUCCCUAUAUAGAGAAUGUGCCAGUUGGGUAUUAAAUUCACCUUGCUGGAAAUUUAAGUAGCCUGGGAGAAUAAUACAGCAUACUUGACUAGGAAUAAACACUUUGUGUCGUGGGAUUGGUAGAUAUGUCUCGUAUUU